GGAGUAUGUGAAAAAGUGGAUUGUGUAAAAGGCAAGUGUGUAGAAACUGGAGAAUUUCUGGGACUUGGAUUCAAAUGUGAAUGUGAUCCUGGUUGGACACAAAUGCAACUUGGCCCUCUUGCUUUUCCAGCAUGCACUCUUCCCAACUGUACGCUCGAUCUUGGUUGUAAGAGUCAUACACCGUCGCCACAUCCGUCUCCUCAAAGCUCACCCUUUAUUAUUACCGAUCCUUGUAGUUUAAUAUGGUGUGGUGAUGGAAAAUGUGAAAUUAGUGGAAUGGGACAUUAUUGCAAAUGUAAUGAAGGCUCUUCCCAAUACAUGAAUAUGUCUAAGCUACCUUGUCUUGAUGAAUGCGUUUUCGGAGCAGAUUGCAAAGGAGUGGCACUAGAACCCAAGCCGAGCCUUCCACUCCCUCCGUCUCUAGGGCAUGAUGGAGUAUGCAAGUUUGUGGAUUGUGCCAAAGGACAGUGCGUAGCAACUGGAGAAUUUCUUGGACUGGGAUUCGAAUGCAUUUGUGAUCCUGGUUGGAAACAAAUUCAACUUGGCCCUAUUACUUAUCCUGCAUGCAAUGUCCCCAAUUGUACGCUCCAUUUAGGUUGUGGGAGUCAAGCAGCCUUGCCACCACCUUCCUCUCUAGCACCCUUCAACAUUUUUGACCCUUGCAGUUUAGUAUGGUGUAAUAAUGGAAAAUGUGAAGUUAAUGGAACUAAACAUUACUGCCAAUGCAACGAAGGCUCCGAAAAUUUGAUGGAUGUGCCUGAGCUACCUUGUUUUGAUCAAUGUGUAUUUGGAGCUGAUUGUAAAGGAGUCCAGCUGCUUGUUCCAAGCCCUCCACCCCCUCCGCCUACACGGGACGGAUCCAGUGGUGUCCCUAAGGAUCCCAAUUGCUCGAGGAGUCUUCGUGCUUUCUCUGUUUUGCUGCUAUUUACCAUCUUCCCUGUUUUAAUGUAG